AUGGUGAAGCAGGGAACUGUUUUAGGGCGUGUGGUAUCUAGUAGGGGUAUUGAAGUAGACAAAGCUAAGGUUGAUUUGAUUGCUAAAUUGCCACCACCCACAUCUAUGAAAGGUGUGCGAAGUUUUCUUGGUCGUGCAGAUCAUGUUGCAUUGAGAUAUCUAUUGAGUAAAAAGGAUGCUAAGUCCAGGUUAAUCAGAUGGAUUUUAUUGUUGCAAGAAUUGGACUUGACUACCAAGGACAAGAAGGGAAGUGAAAAUGUAGUGGCUGACCACUUGUCUAGACUUGUGGAGGCAACAAGCCAGGAAGAGCAUAAUCAAGAUAGGAAGUACCCCCUCGUUGAGACCUUCCCUGAUGAACAACUUUUUUCCAUCCUUGGAAAAAAAACCUUGGAUGCCAUAUUAUCCCUUUACGCUAAGGAAGAAACGGGAAUGACAGUGGUUAGUGUGCACACACUUCCAUAUCUUUCUCCACUUAUAACAUCAGAUGCUAUUACUAAAAAUGAAAGCCUUGUUCUUACAAGAAGAGCUCUAGUCUUUGCUACCGGUUUUUUGGCGGCUUCUUUCUCAUCUUCACAUUCAUUUUUUUCUGCUGUUGCCCUGCAACCACAGCUUCAAGAUGAACUUGGGCAGCAAGAAAAUAGAAUUGUUGAUCUCUUCCAGGGAACUUCUCCAUCGGUGGUUUUCAUUCAAGACUUUGAAUUAUCUAAAACGCCAAAGCGUUCUUCUAUUCAAGUCAUGCCUGCAGAUGAAAAUGUUAAGGUUGAAGGCACGGGAUCGGGUUUCAUCUGGGAUAAAUUUGGUCACAUUGUUACUAAUUACCAUGUUGUAGCUAAGUUGGCCACUGAUAACACUGGAUUACAGCGUUGUAAGGUUCUACUUGUUGAUGCCAAAGGCAAUAGAUUUAACAGGGAAGGCAAAAUUAUUGGUUCUGAUCCAGCUUAUGAUUUGGCUGUUCUCAAGGUUGAUGUUGAAGGAUAUGAAUUAAAGCCUGUUGUUCUUGGUACAUCGCAUGAUUUACGUGUAGGUCAGAGCUGCUUUGCCAUUGGGAACCCUUACGGAUUUGAGGACACACUCACAACAGGGGUGGUCAGUGGACUAGGGAGAGAGAUACCCUCACCAACUGGAAGAGCCAUUCGAGGAGUUAUUCAAACAGAUGCUUCUAUUAAUGCAGGGAAUUCAGGUGGGCCACUGAUUGAUUCGUAUGGCCAUGUUAUUGGAGUUAACACAGUAACUUUUACCCGCAAAGGAACAGGAGUAUCCUCUGGUGUAAACUUUGCAAUACCAAUAGACACUGUCGUUCGAACGGUACCUUACCUUAUUGUGUAUGGAACACCCUACAGUGACAGGUUUUAAUCAUGCUUUCUUUUAUAGGUAACAAUUAACAAAUGUCUUUUGGCCUCGUAUUAUUUGAUUGAAUUCAUCUGGCCUUGUGUUGAUUUUGAGCAAUUGAUCACACUACCAUUUCAAUGCAUGAAGCAAACAA